UCACCACCAUACACAUUCAUGAAAAAUUCGAACUUGUUCAUAUUUUCCCCAAAGCCAUGACCAGCUUCACUAACACCACCACAACCUUCCUCCAAUCCCACAUCGUCGCCAAACCCCAAAACUUCCGUCACAAAAUCUCACUCCCGGUAAUCAGAGCCUCAUUUCCAGGAGAAGACGAUCAAGAAAAUAACGCCGCGAGUCGAAGAAAAAUCGUGACAACAUUCUUGGCCACUACAUUGGCACUUGGGGGACAUCAACACGGGGUUGCCACCCCGCUCGGGCUAGCUGAAAAUUGGGGUGUUCGUUCGUUUAUAAGGGAACGUUUUUUCGAGCCCGGACUUUCGCCCGAAGAUGCCGUCGCUAGGAUAAGGCAAACAGCUGAAGGGCUACAUAGCAUGAGGGACAUGUUGGAGGCCAUGGCAUGGAGGUACGUCAUAUUUUACAUCCGUCUGAAGUCGGCCUAUCUAUCCCAAGAUUUGAAAAAUGCCGUGACUUUGGUGCCAGAAGGUCGCCGGAACGAGUAUGCUAAGACGGCCAAUGAAUUGGUGGAUAACAUGGCAGAGCUUGACUAUUAUGUUCGAACGCCAAAAGUGUAUGAAUCGUACUUAUACUAUGAGAAGACAUUGAAAUCGUUGGAUGAUUUGGUUGCGCUGUUGGCCUAGUUUUAAGAUGGUUGGACUGUUUUUGUUUGAAAUUGGAUUCAACCAAAUAUGUUUGGGUAUAUACAGAACUAGAAGUGUAUUGUGAACUAAGAAUUAUUGCAAUUUUUGUAGAUUUGUUA